AUGUUAAAAGUAAUAAACUUGGUCGAAGAAGAAAUGUCAGCAACGGUUGCAGCUACAACAAAAUUGAAUAAUGAGUUAAACAAUGAUAGUAUUGAAGAUACAGCUGAUGUCAGUUCAGAAUGUUCAGAAUCUUAUGAUAGUAGUGAUAGUACUGAAGCUGCUACAGUAACAAUAUUGGAUGAUGAACAAAUAGCUAAUUUGCUCAACGAAGAUAGUGAAUGCAUUGAUAAAGAGUAUGAAAACACAGAACAUGUAUUAAAUAUAAUUGAGUUAGAAAACCUUGGCGAGUGUUCAAUUUUUAAUGGUAUUCGCUGUGUAGCUCACACCUUACAAUUAGCUGUUCUUGAUACCUUGAAGCACAACAGUAUAGAUAAACUAUUAAGCAAAGUUCGCAUACUAGUUAGAAAGUUGCGCAACCAAACUUAUAUUUAUUUGAUCAAAAAGGAGCAAUUAAAAUUGCCAAUUUUGGAAUGCCUAACACGUUGGCACUCGACAUUUGACAUGCUAGAGAGAUUACAACAUCUAAAAUCAUUUAUCCAAAAUAUGGCAGCAAAUGACCCUGAACUGAGAAAAGUUGAGAAUGGCAACAAAAUCGAAACAGAAUCCUUGAACCAUACAUUUUCUAAUAAGUUGGUACAGUGUUUGAGAUCUAGGGAACUAAAUAUUAUGAACAACCAAGUUCUUCUAGCAGCAAUUUUCUUAGACCCCCGAUUCAACAUAACAUUGACAGAAUAUCAAUAUAUACUUGAAGAUUUUCUGAAACAGAAAGAAAGUGAUAACCAGUGCAGUUCAAUUUCAAGUUCAACUUCAAGCCAACAAAAUUCUCAAAAUUCACUUUCAACAAAAAUGGAAACUUUAUUAAAAACAUACAAAUUAGAUAAAAAGAGAUUAAGCCACAAGACAAAUAUUCUAGAGUACUGGAAGACAAUGAAGACAAAAUACCCAGAAAUUUAUCAGCUGGCACAAAUAGUUUUUUCUGUUCCGGCAACCCAGAUGCAAUAUAACACCUGA